GUUUGGCUUGACAAUGAUGCUUUACGCAAAAUCCUUUUAUUAUUGCCACCUAGGCACCUCGGUAGAUAGGUAGGGAUAGAGCGCCAUCCCUCUCAUCAUAUUUCCCACCUUCAUUGCUCUAUGCGCCUACGAUACCACAAGAUUUAUUCAUUCAGUUCGAAACCACCAUCUAGGCAGACCACGACUCAUCGAAUCCAUGCCUCCAGAACGUAUUCACAGAGCGCAACGAGUGAGAGGAGUUGGCCCAUCUAACCUAUCCCGACGCCAGGUUAGGGGUGCCGGUUGGCAUCGGCGUGGAUGGCGCGAUAGAGGCUGCAUGUGGAUUAACGUCAAGGAGGGAAGUUAUGGAGCUGUUCACGGUACGGAUGUGAACGAAAACCAGACCUUGACCGAGUUCGUCGAGGAUAUUGCAUGGUAUCAAUCGCGGGGGGCGUGCUACCCACAUGAAGAAGGGUGGACUUGGGAUCUCUUCUUCCGCAGAAAGUCUCUGGUGAGUUUACUAGAGGAGUUCAAAGAGGAAGGCAGAGCCGAAGGUGAUGACCUCGUUCGCGACUUUUUCGACGGUGGUGAAACUGUCAUAUGGAAGGUAUACGACGAAUAUGGUGAAGAGCGAGUUUUUAAUGGCGACUGGGAGUAUCAUAGAAGAUGAAAGCUGUGUCGAAUCAAUAUUUCGGAACAUUGUUAUAGGCACUCAUUGGAAAGGGGGUUAUGAACCUACAAGCGUGUUUACUUCUGCGUACUGGAUUCCUGUCGCUGUACUAG